UCCUACAGCUGGGGAUCUGCGCUUCCUUCCCAUGCUUCACUUUGGCACAACUAAGAAACCUCUUUAGUGGAAAUGGAGUACAUGAAAGGACCUGCAACAAGCAGCCAGGGCAACAUACUUUGCUGCCAGUGUGGCAUUCCUAUUCCCCCAAAUCCUGCCAACAUGUGUGUAUCCUGCUUGCGGAUGCAGGUUGACAUUAGCGAGGGCAUUCCAAAGCAAGUUUCAGUGCAUUUCUGCAAACAGUGUGAACGCUACCUGCAGCCCCCGGGAACCUGGAUCCAAUGUGCCUUGGAGUCAAGAGAGCUGCUUACUCUCUGUCUGAAAAAACUGAAGGCUAACUUGAGUAAAGUACGCCUUAUCGAUGCAGGUUUUAUCUGGACUGAGCCACAUUCAAAGAGGCUUAAAGUGAAGCUGACCAUACAAAAGGAGGUGAUGAAUGGAGCAAUUCUUCAGCAGGUCUUUGUUGUAGACUACAUUGUUCAAUCCCAGAUGUGUGAUGACUGCCAUAGAGUAGAAGCUAAAGAUUUCUGGAAAGCUGUGGUACAGGUUCGUCAAAAGGUUCUUCACAAGAAGACAUUUUACUAUUUGGAACAGACUAUUCUGAAACACCGACUUCAUCAGAACACACUGCGUGUCAAAGAGAUUCAUGAUGGACUGGACUUCUACUAUGCUUCCAAGCAGCAUGCUCAGAAGAUGGUGGAAUUUCUACAGUGUACAGUGCCCUGCAGAUUCAAAGCUUCCCAGCGCCUGAUUUCACACGAUAUCCAUACGAAUGCCUACAAUUACAAAAGCACAUUUUCUGUGGAAAUUGUUCCAGUUUGCAAGGACAACCUUGUAUGCCUCUCUCCGAAGCUGGCACAGAGUCUUGGAAACAUGAACCAGAUAUGUAUUUGUGUCCGUGUUACCAGUACAAUUCAUCUGAUUGACCCUAGCACUCUGCAGAUUGCUGAGGUUGAUGGAAACACUUACUGGCGAUCUCCUUUCAACAGCUUGUUCCACCCCAAACAGUUGGAGGAGUUUAUUGUGAUGGACACUGACAUAGUCAGAGACAGAAAACAAGCAGCAGGAGCAGGCAUGAGAUCAAACAAACACAUACUUGCAGAGGUCUGGGUACAGAAAACAUCUGAGAUGAACACAACCCAGCAGUACCACUGCCGCACUCACUUGGGGCACCUGCUAAAUCCAGGUGAUCUCGUGUUGGGGUUUGAUCUGGCUAAUUGUAAUCUGAAUGACGAAUUUAUUAACAAGAUGAACCCUCACCAUAUUCCUGAUGUGGUUUUAAUAAAGAAGAGUUAUGAUCGUACUAAGAGACAGCGGCGGAGGAACUGGAAGCUAAAGGAGAUAGAAAGGGACAGGGAAGGCAUGGACACGGAUGACGAGAGGCAAUAUCAAGAUUUUCUUGAAGACCUUGAAGAAGAUGAAGUAAUACGGAAGAACGUUAACAUUUAUAAAAAUGCUAAUUUGCCCGUAGAGAGUGACACUGACGAGGAGGGAGCCCCCCGGAUCAGCCUUGCAGAAAUGUUAGAAGAUCUUCACAUUUCACAGGAUGCCACUGGUGGAGAAGGAGCAGAAAUGCUGACAGAAUAGACUCACUUCAAAGCAAUCCGCUGCUGCAUUUUUAUCAAGAGGAUUUAAAAUGUGUCCAAUUUAAUUUGAGCCCAUUUAUAACACCCACUCAUAUGUGUCUGUCGGAACUUCAAUUUCCAUACACAAAGCUCUUGAAUGGUUUGCAUUUCUCCUGUCUGCCAACAUUAAAAUAACAAACGCCUAA